AACCAUCGACUUUGAACAUCGCCCCUCCAACACUCCCUUCAACGUCCGCCCAUCACGCGCAAUUCGCCUGUUCCCGCCAACCAUGGGGCAGCCCGUAGUCCAGACGAUCCAUAGGGAUCCUGCCCUGUUUUGGUGGAUUCUACUCCCCAUCACAGUCGUCAUGGUCCUUACAGGUAUCCUCCGCCACUACGCCAUGACACUGCUGCAAUCCACGCCCAAGAAACAAGACCUCCCCAAGAUCCGACAGCAGCGCUCACUCGUCCGCGGCGUCAAUCUCCGCACUAACGCGCACGUCAUCUCGCCCGCCUCGUUUGCGGCGCGCAAGGCAUACAUGGUGCAGGCAUUCCAGGAGGGAAAGUUCCUCGCGGAGCCCGAGAUGAGGGGGAAGCCUAGACCGAAUCCCAUGAGUGAUCCUGCGGCUAUGGAGGGCAUGAUGGGCAUGAUGAAGGGCCAGAUGACGAUGAUGAUUCCGCAGACGCUGAUUAUGGGAUGGAUCAAUGCCUUUUUUUCGGGCUUCGUCAUUAUGAAAUUGCCUUUCCCAUUGACGCCACAAUUCAAGUCGAUGCUUCAGUCUGGAGUGGGUACUCGUGACCUCGAUGUUAGAUGGGUGUCGAGUUUGUCCUGGUACUUCCUGACAUUGUUCGGCCUGCAGCCCGUCUACAAUUUUAUCCUAGGAAGCAACAAUGCUGCCAACCAGGUUUCACAACAGAUGGCCAUGGCGAAUCCAGGCGCGGGUGGUAUGAUGGGCCCAGAGCAAGACCCUGACAAGCUCUUCCUUAAUGAAGCCGAGAACCUGGAGGUACUGGAGCACCGAUGGAUAAUGGAGGGAAUCGAAGACCGACUGGUUGCCAAAUUUGGAGCGUGAUGUCGCUACACUAUGCUAGGUGUUAGUAGCUGUCGCUCAGCCCUGUAGUCAAGUGGCGUCCUUAAGUAUCGAGGACUGGCCCAGAAAAAUGAUUUAUCCAGCGUCAACCAUGCCUACUGGCAGAA